AUGGAUUUAUUUUAUGAUAGAAGAAGUGUCCGUUCAUAUACUGGAGAAAAAAUUUCUGAAGAAGAUAUCGAUAAAAUUGUUCGUGCUGGUUUUUAUGCUCCAACUGCAGUGAAUAAACAAGAAACCGAUCAUGCUAUAGUUGUUUGUGCUAAUUUAAAGAAAGCAUAUACACCUGAAUAUUGGGUUUGUGAUGCUUCUGCUGCUACUGAAAAUAUCUUGCUUGCUGCUCAUAUGCUUGGUUAUGGAGCUGUAUGGCUAGGAGUAUAUCCAGAGAAAGAUAGAAUGGAGUCUAUAAAAAAACUUCUUCAAUUACCAGAACAAGUUGAAAUUCUUUCUAUAGUAUCAAUAGGAGUCUCUAAAGUCCAACCAGUAAAUAGACCUGAAAGAUUUGAUGCAACUCGUUUACAUAAUGACAAAUGGUAA